GUUUGAUUUAUUUUCGAUGCAACCAAACCACACCAAACAAAUAUUAAAUUUUAAUUAAAAAAUUAGGAGAAAAUAUGUGGUUCAUGACUUGAUUCAUAGCGACGGUGAUUGAUUAGUGAUACUCAAAUUCAUCUUACAACUUACCAGCAUUCAAAUCACACUCACCGUAGAAAGACUCUUUAGACUCCCCCAAAGCCAAAGGCCAAAACCUCUCAACUUUGCACAGCUAAAACCAAAUUCCCGAUUACAUUAAAUCCACCAAUCUGUGCGUAUAUAUGCCUAUUCGUAGCCUGUCACUGUAGUUUACUUUCGUACGAUUUAAUGGGGCUUUUGAAGAAGAUCGUGGGAUAUCUAGGGUUAGGAAAUCACGAUUUGCACGAAGUCAACAAGGAGCAUGACGAUGACAAAGAUGUUAGUGGGAACAAUCAUCUGAACUCAAGUGACGAAAUUCAUCAUCAUAAUUAUAGUAAUCUCCCCCGUAAAGGAUUUAGUGUUCCCGUUCAAGUUCCCGUAGAUAGAGGUCAUCAAAUCGGCCCAGUUUUAGUUCCCUGUGUAGCCGGCGAUGGCGGUGUUCAGGGUUUAGGAUGGUAUGCGCGUCGUUUAAAGAUAGAUGAAGAUGGAGAUGUUGCAGACGAGUUUCUUGUGGAGAACAUUCUAGAAACAGAAGAAAUACAUCAACAAAAGCAACAAUUUGUUCCUAAAUUUGAAGUGAAAUUAAACAUGAAAUCUGCGAAAGCAAGAAACCCAAUUUUAUCACGUGAAGGAAGGAUCCAACACUAUGUGGAAUACCGAGGUCGAUUACUACUGGCCUAAACAACCCCCCCCCCCACCCCACCCCACCCCACCCACCC